AUGGCCGGCGUGGAUCCAACAUACCCGCUGUAUCCCAUUGAUUGCUUUUUGGCUGCAGCAAUGCUACUCCUCGUCCUGUUGACCGGCUUCAUCCGUCAAAGCUGGAACCUCGGCGUCGCCUUUCUUUGUUUCUGGCUCUUCAUCGAGGUUCUGACCGCCGGUAUCGAUGCUAUCAUAUGGUCGGAUAAUGCAGACAUCAAGCUGUAUGUGUAUUGCGACAUCGUAUCGCACUUGCAAGCAAUCACUUCGGUUGUCAAACCUAUGGCCACUCUCAUCAUCACUCGCCGACUAUACCUGAUUACCAGCCUGCGUUCCAUAGAGCCUCCUGCAAAAGCGGCGAGACACAGAAAUCUUGCGAUAGAGUGGGGACUCGGUUUGGGCAUUCCUCUUCUGGUUGCAGGACCUCUCUACUACGUCGCUCAGGGUGCUCGAUUCAAGGUCGACGAAGGUUUUGGCUGCUUCAAUCCCCCCGAUGGAUCUAUACUCGGUGUCUUGCUUCUCCAAUCAUGGACUGUACUUCCUCCCCUGGUGUCCAUCACCGUGUACUAUCCUCAUGUGGCCCGAGUCUUCUAUCGCCACAAUCGGGAGAUCAACCAGUUCUUACAAAGCAACAACUCGGUAUCCCGGACGAACUACUUUCGCAUCCUUGCCCUUGCAAGCAUCGAUAUUCUCCUGACCUUGCCUAUGGGCAUUGUGACCAUCGUCUUGCUCGUGAAAGGCGAUCUGUCUUUCGGUCGCAUCCCAUUCUACCCUGGUUGGACCAUUGACCACACGGACUGGCAGCCGGCGAGCUUCUCCUACGCAGACAUAGUAUCAUCGGGGCCUUUUGAUGUAGCGGACUUCUACUUCAUUAACUGGACAGCGCCUGUCCUCGCGUUCGUCAUCUUCGGUCUAUUCGGCGUAACUUCGGAAGCCCGAGCCUCGUACUGGCGCAUUAUAUGCACCGUCGGCGGCUGGUUCGGCUGGAAACCCACACCUCGGACGCGCAGGACGCGUUCGCCGCUGGGUGAUAUCGAGUUCGGCGAGCGUCCUGCUCAGAACUCUAUGUCGCUUGGUCUCGAGUCGAAUCCAAGCUACGUCGACCGCAACGCCCGCGCGCAAGGUCGGAUCGUCGAGAGCGCAGGUGCAAGAGGCGGCGCAGAGGACGAGUCGGAGAAGGACGGGAAUGAGGAAGCGCCCUUAUCCCAGGCGACGUACCUAGACGCAGAGCGCCCGACACAGCCUCCCGGCGGCUCGCAUGUAGCCAGUUUCGGCGCUGCUUCGGCUAUGGUGUAA